CCGGCCGCGGCAUCGGGCUUCUGCUCUUUAUAGCGACACGGUCCCGUCCCGGCGGGCAGGCGGGCUCGGCCAGCUCCAGCAGCCCCAGCUCAGCUUUAGCCAUUGACUCGAUCGAGCACACAGUGAACAGCGUUAAGACACAAACGGUAUAAUGGCGGCGAGCAUCAAGUCGCUCAUCAACAGCGCUAAGGCGCUAACUAUGGGUAGCUCGGGCAGCAAGGCGUCGUUAAAGGAGCUGUUCCCGGUCGUUGACAAGGCCAUCGACGGCGACGACUGCGACCACGACUGCAACAGCUGCUCGGUGCAGUACCCCAAGGGCUUCAAGAUCGAUGAGGACGAUGAUCUGUACGGCUUCGUCAAGGGCUGGAGCACCCACGUCUUGGUCGCGACGGGUAAAACCGACUGGGUGCGCGACAUCGAAGACGAGAAGGGCAGCGUCAUGCAGGCCAUUGCCUGCGCCAAGGCACCCACGAACGGGCGGCUGCUCCUCUCAGCCUCCAACAUUCCCACUCCACACCACACGACAUCCUACUCCGAACCGACCACCGUCCUCCUCCUGCCAGCCUUCACCCUCAUCGAAAAUGUCACCCCCGCCACAGUCCCAACCCUUCUCUCCGCCAUCGUCUCCAACGCACCCACCACAACCUCACCGCUGCAGCCCGUCUCCAUCCCCCCGUCUCUGCCCGCCCCGCUACCCGAAGGCACGCCGGCUGCCAUCAAGGACCUGACCACGCGUCACUGCCCGCACAAGGCGCUGAUCCUCUUGUGCAGUCAACGGACGCGCGACGCCCGCUGCGGCCAGUCUGCGCCGCUGCUGCGCAAGGAGUUCCAGCGCCACCUGCAGCCGCUCGGGCUAUACCGCGACCUGGACGACGAGAGGCCCGGCGGUGUGGGGAUAUACUUUAUCAGUCAUGUUGGUGGGCAUAAGUACAGUGCCAAUGUCUUGGUGUAUAGGAGGAAGGAUGCAUUCGGGCUAGAUGGCGUGAGGAGGGCCGAGUUGAAGGGGGAGGUGCUGUUGCCGAAGGUGGAUAGUAACGAGAGACACGGGGAGGAGGAUGAGGAGGGCGAUGCGGGUGCUGCGCAGUGUAUCUGGCUCGCCAGGGUACGGCCGGAGGAUUGCGAGGGGAUUGUCAAGUUCACGGUGCUGCAGGGGAAGGUGGUCAAACCUGAGAGGCAGUUGAGGGGCGGAUUUGAUCGCGGGAAGGGUUUGUUGAGUUGGUGAUGUGGGACUUUGCAAAGUCUAUAGACAGGCGCAGUUUCGUCGUGCUCAGCCCUGGGCUGCAUAAAGUAAGGUACGAGUUCUGCCUCUUGGCUUGAGUUUGAGACUACCGUACACUGCACGAGACAAGCC